CGCAGCGGCAUGGUCCAGCUAUCGACGCCCGGUGCGGUCUUUGGCCUCCUCUGCGUCAUCAACUUGCUCAACUUCAUUGACCGCGGUAUCAUUCCCGGCGCGCCGAUCCAGUUCCAGGCGUUCAUCCAGCAGACGCACGGCGUCGCUCCGGACCACGUGAGCGUCUACCUCGGGCUCCUUGUCUCGGCCUUCAUUGCGUCCUACUCGGUCUUCAUCUGCAUCUUUGGCUACCUCUCGAUGCGCCACCGGCCGUUCACGCUCGCGGCCAUCGGUCUCGGUCUCUGGGUCCUCGCGCUCGUCGUAUGCGGCCUGGCUAAGACCGCUGGCAGUUUCUACCUCCUCCUCAUCGGGCGCCUCCUCAGCGGCGUCGGCGAGUCGUCCUUCCAUGCGACAACGCCGUCCUUCAUCGACGAGUUUGCGCCACCAGGCAAGCGGACGCUGUGGCUCGGCAUCUUUUACUCGGGCAUGUCGGCGGGCACCGCGCUAGGCUACUCGUACGGCUCGCUCCUGGCGCGCACGCUCGGGUGGGACGUCGCCUUCUACCUCAUUGCGCUCAUCAUGCUGCCGCUCGUCUACGCAUGCUACGCGAUGAUCCCGCCCGCGUUCAACGAGCCGUUCCACGAUGCGACGUCAAGAAGCGACGUCGACAGUAGGACGCUCUCCUUCUCGACGCCUCUCGACCGCCCGUCGGUCGUGCUGCUGGACACGCCGACCGUCACAGCGACGACCGAGGCGUGGGCGAUCAUGUCCGACUCGGUCUUUUUGACCGCGAGCUUGGGCCUCGCCGCGUACGCGUUUACGGUCGCGGGCCUCGGGGCCUUCGCGCCGUCGAUCAUGAUUGGGUACGGUCUCCUCCCCGAAGCGAUGGCCUCCACCGUCUUUGGGCUUGUCGCGAUUCUAAGUGGGCUCAUUGGGUCGCCGCUCGGCGGCUUCCUUCUCGACCGGUCGUGCGCCGGCCACGAUAACGACGACGCCUUCCGCGUGCUCGCCGCCGCCAAGCAGAUGGUCGUCAUGAUGGCGCUGGGCGUCGCGAGCCUCUUUGCGUCGCUCGCGACGAUGCACACGACGGGCGUCUUCUUUGUCUGCCUCGCGUUCGGGCUCCUCUGUCUCUUCUCGACGCAGGCCGCGACGACCGUCGUCAUUCUCUUGAACGUCGCGAAGGCCCGGCGCGGCUUCGCCAUGGGCCUCAACACGCUGCUGCUGCACCUCUUUGGCGACGUGCCGUCGCCGAUUUUGCUCGGGGCGCUCAAGGACGCGUGGGCGCCGCACUGCGGGAGCGUGGUCGCACCCGACGGCAGCCUUGCGCUGGACCCGCUCUGCUCGACCGACCGCGAUGGCCUCACCAAGACGCUUACGUUUGCAUACGCAUGGCUGCUCUUUGCCGUCGGCCUCUGGAGCGCAACCGCGCUUCUCGCCAAGCGGCGCGUGCGCCAUCGGGCCAAGACUGCGGACGCGCUGGAAGCGACGCCGCCGGCCUUAUCCUAAUUCUUAUUUAUCUCUGAUGCAACAUGAGUAGUUGACGUUGGUGUA